AUGUCUUGGCGGCCGUCAAUAAACCUCACACAGAGAUACAUCUCCAGGUUAUCUCUCAUACCUCGGAGAGCAUACGCCCAAAGUACUAGGCAAACACGACCUCCGCCUCCACCACCAUUCAACACUGUUCCAACAUGUCCAGAGCCAACAUGCGGUUGUGCUGAGCCCCCAAAGAUGCCUGAUGAUCUACCUCUAGAUCGUGAGGGGCCUCUCAAAGGUGCAAUUGCUGGGUAUGCCGAACAUGUGCUUGUGUGCACUGGAAAUGCAGACUGGCCGUCGAGGAUAGAGGACGAUAACGACGGUGAUUGUCUUGCCGCGGACCUUAAAGAGUUGUUUGGUCGGGGUGGAACUUAUAGCGAUCCGUUUCACAAUAUUUCUGUUCUCAACUCUUCGUUUCCUAGCUCUACAUCACCACGUCCUCAGCUCCAGACAACGUCUGCCUAUCUACUACCAAGCUUCAAAUACAUCCCAUUCCUCCCUCGGGUGUCAUUUGACAGUGUAGAAGCUCUAGCCAAAGGGUUUUUACUCCCUGAGAAGCUUCACUCCAUGCACGACGGCCUCUCGCCUAUACAUCGAGACCGCCUGACACGCAAAGAGGGUUACCAGGGACUUCUCCCCGGAGUCCAAGAUGUUCGCGAUGUUUUGGUGCUGAUAUGCGGGCACACGGGGCGUGAUGCGCGAUGUGGCAUCAUGGCCCCUGUCCUAGCAACCGAAUUUGAGGAUAAGUUAGAGAAAGAGGGAUUUGAUGUUCUACAUGGACCUGUGCAGGUCAACCUCAAUGACACGCAGAGGAUACAAGGCGAAGCUGGUAAGGAAAAGACUUCAGCUAGGAUCGGGAUGAUCAGCCAUAUCGGUGGGCACAAGUUUGCAGGCAAUGUCAUCAUCUAUCUACCUCCUGACCUAAAGAUGGGCAGUGAGCCACAUCCAUUGGCUGGACACGGGAUAUGGUAUGGAAGGGUAGAUCCCAAGAAUGUCGAAGGCAUCGUGAAAGAGACUAUCUUGAAGGGAAAUGUGGUUGCGGAUAUGUUUAGAGGGGGAAUCGAUGCUCAGCGAAAGAUGUUGAGGAUAUAA